CACAUCCCUCGUCAGAAACAUCUCACGAUUAAGACAUCACCAAAAAGUUCGGGUCAAGGAUGAGUUCAUUUGCAGGUCGAAUGAAGGAAUAUCCUACAGUUUCUUUGGACCGGUUCGACAGGGAGAACCUACAUGCCCGGGCAUACUUCCUCUCCCACUGCCACAAAGAUCACAUGAAGGGACUGAAAGGACCUCUGCUGAAGAGAAAGCUGCAGUUCAGUCGGACAGUCAGGCUGUACUGCUCCUUCGUGACCAAAGAGCUUCUGCUAAGUAAUCCAAAGUACGCUUUCUGGGAGGAAUACAUGGUUCCGUUGGAGCUGGAGAGCCCAACUCAGAUCUCUCUGGUGGACGAAACAUCAGGAGAGAAAGAAGACAUUGUGGUGACGUUGCUUCCUGCAGGUCACUGUCCCGGCUCUGUUAUGUUCCUGUUUGAAGGUUCUCAGGGGAACGUGUUGUACACGGGAGACUUCAGGUUGGCUGCUGGAGACGCGUCCAGAAUAGAACAUCUCCACUCCGGCAGCAGGGUUAAAGAUAUUCACAGUGUCUAUCUGGACUCCACUUUCUAUGACCCACGCUUCUAUCAAAUACCCACUAGAGAGGUGUGUCUGAACGGCAUCUCGGAGCUGAUUGGAAACUGGAUCAGUCAGAGUUCGUAUCACGUCGUGUGGCUCAACUGUAAAGCUGCGUAUGGAUAUGAAUACCUGUUCACCAACCUGGGGGAGGAGUUCAACACACAGAUCCAUGUCAAGAAUCUGGCGAUGUUCAAGAAGAUGCCGGAGAUCCUGAGCUACGUGACGACCGACCGCAGGACUCAGAUUCACGCCUGUCGACACCCGAAGGAUGAGGAGUAUUUCCAAGGCAACCGGCUGCCGUGCGGCUGCUCGGCCGCUGACGGGACUCCUCUCCGUAUCAUCAGCAUCAAACCGUCCACCAUGUGGUUCGGAGAGAGAACCAAGAAAACCAACGUCAUAAUAAAGACAGGAGCCAGUUCUUUCAGAGCCUGUUUCAGCUUCCACUCCUCCUACUCUGAGCUCAGAGACUUCCUGUCGUAUCUCCAACCAGUCAACAUCUAUCCCAGUGUCAUCCCUUUGGGACGGACUCUGACUGAGGUCACACAGAUGUUGAAGCUGAUGUGCAGGAACCAGUCGGAUCAAGCAAGGUUCGUUUACAAACCUCUGGGAGUCCUCAAACGCAGCAGGGUGGAGCGGCCUACAUUCGAUUCAGGGAGUGACGACGACCUGUUUGACGGACUGGACCUGGCACCAGUGAGGAAGAAGAUGGGCCUGAACCAGGAAGUGAAACAAGAGAAAACUGAGAGUCCUCAGAGAACAGCGCCCCCUGUGUCUGUGGACGGGUCUUUUCCUGUCACCGACGCUCAGUCUGUUUCACGCAACUACGUCGACUGCACCGAGUCCAACGGUGAAGAGGAAGAUGAUGAGGAGGAAGAUGAGGAGGAGGAAGAGGAGCAGGAGGGAAAGGAGGACGCAAAACCAACAGAGGAGGAGGAGGUGAAAGAAGGAGAGAGGGAUAAAGAGCAAGAGGAGGAAAGAAAAGAGAAAUCUAACAAUCCAAAGUGGGAGGAUUUCUUCACUGCUGAAAUGUUGACUGACAGCCAGAACAGCCAAUCACAGUCCUGCUGCUCUAACAUGACCACCUCCCCCUCCAGGAUGACGGAUUCCCAGACGCCCGAUCUGUUCAGUGACGAAGAAGAAACCCCCGACCACAAUGAAGACUUUAGCCUGACGCUGUCUGCCUCUCUGUCCAAUCACUCCUCCCAGAACAUGGACUCGUGUUUACCCGACACCGUGAUCCUCCAACCAGGGCAGGGGGGGCGGGACCAAGGAGACGCGAGGCCCAGCACCUCGUCUCAGAAGACGGACACUGACGGUCUGAUCCUCCCAUCAGAGCUGUCGGAGCUGUCGGAGUCUCAGGCGUCGUCCGACUUUGACAUCCCCUGCACGCCGGAGUCAAAGGCGCCGCGAUCCGAUGAACUGUCGCACCUGUACAGGAAGUUGGCAUCAGGAGAGGAAGUGGUCAUCAGGAAAGGAAGUCAGGGCUUUGCAUGAUUGAGACGAAGCUUUAGGUCACUGUCAAUCGAGUACGACAGAUUAUCGGCCACAUGAGAAAAAGAAACAAAUCAGAAAUUACAAGAAUAAAGUCGUAAAGUAUGAAAAUUAAAAAUUAAAAACUUUGAGAUAUUCCUAAAAACAUAAUUUUUAGGAAUAUUACGUCAUCCAAUCAAACGAGUGAAAGGACAGUGGCAGCUGCUUUUUGUCUGUCUAACAAUAGAAUAGACUCAGUUUCUUCAC